AUUAUAUGGCGCGCACUAGAUUAUAAGUCUAGUUAUUUUAUGACAUUUUCCCGAGAACAGAUAUAAACCCUCUUUGAUUUAUGGACUUAAAUAUUUAGGUAAAUUCCACACGUCGAUUAUCCAAUCAGAAAAAUAUUCGAAUCGACGCAAGCAUCCCUCUCCUCCACUAAUCUAAUCUUACACUAAUUUGUAAAUAAACUCUUUUCGCUCAUCCAAUCCAUUAAAUCAUUCUGGUCUUUAUAAUUCAAAGAGAGAAUGGCCAAAGAAAGAAAAAGACUCAGUAAAUCACUCAUUUCAUUCACUCAAAGAAAGAGCUAAUUUGCUUAAUCUAAAAACAAAAUUCAACAAAUUGGCAGCCCUGGUUCUAAGAAAUCGUUUUAUUUUCAACGAGCGAAUUGGCGGCAUGGUCUGUUUCGUUUCUUUCUAGCAGUAUUUUGCAUUAUAACACGAUUGAUGGUCUAAAGAAAAUCAAAAGUGGCUUUAUAAUGCCACCACUAAGUCAAACUUCCUCGUCAGAAAAUGUUGCUUUUACUAAGGGAGCGAUCGUGAGAAUCCAUUUGAAAGAUUUCAUGACAUACAAUGAAGUAGAAUUAAUCCCAGGACCGAAUCUGAAUUUGAUUCUUGGUCCAAAUGGAAAUGGUAAAUCUGCCAUUGUUUCUGCCAUCUGUCUUGGAAUGGCUGGAAAACCAAGUACUAUAGCAAGAGCUAGUUCGCUUUCAGGUUAUGUGCGGCAUGGGGCAAGCAAGGCAAUCAUCAAUAUAGAGCUGCACAAUUCUGAAGGCCAGAAAUUUCUUGUAACCAGAGAAAUAACAUUGGACAACAAAUCUGCUUGGAAAUACCAAGGAAAACCUGUCUCUAGUGCUCAAAUUGAAGAUGUUAUUAGAAAACUGAAUAUACAAGUAGAUAAUCUCUGUCAAUUCCUGCCACAAGAACAAGUACAAAAUUUUUCUCGGCUGAAGGAUAAGCAGCUUUUGAUUGGCACAAUGAAAGCAGUUGGAAAGCCAGAGUUGGAAGAGCAGUUUGAAGAGUUGACAAAAAUGCAAGGUCAGCUUGGAAGUGAAUCAUUAAAUCAAGAAAAGGAUGAAUUAGAAUUAAAGAAACUCCAGGAAGAGAAUAAAAGAUGGGAGAGUGAUGUUAAAAGUUUCAAAGAAAGGGAAACACUGAAGGCAAAUGUUAAAAACCUGGAAAAAAAGAAAGUUUGGCUAACGUUUAAAGAAGAACUGAGCCAUUUCAAAAAUCUUAAAGAAAAGGCGAUUGAAAUUGGUAAAAGAUAUGCUAAAGCUGCGUCUCGCUUUGAACCAUUGGAAAAAACGAUUGCUGAGAAAGAAAAAACUGUCCGAGAUGCCGAAGCUGCUGUUAAACUUAAGCGAGAUAAAUUCAACCAAAAGACAGCCACAAUGAAUCAAGAAAUGUACCGUGCAGAUGCACACAAACAAAAAAUGGAAAGUUUAGCUUCAGAUUUCCAAGCGAAAAAGCUCGCGGAAAGAAAGCGUAUUGAAAAUGAGCAAAGUUUCCGUCAACAAAUUCUCAACUUGGAGAAGGAUUUGGAAGCAUUGGACGAACAAGAAAAAAAUUCCAGUGCAGAAUUGGAAGACAUUGAUGCUAGGCUGAAUGCAAUCGCUCCUCACGAAACAGCAUUGGCGCAGAGAAAACAUGUAUUAGCAGAAGAAAUGCGUCGUUUAAGAUACGAGAUUAAUGAAUUUCAGUCUAAAGUGAAAAGUAUCGAAGAUAUCGACAAGAACCGCUUGAAUCUGCUCCGUGCGGAUCGUGGCCUUACGCCAGUUUAUGAAGCCGUAAUGUGGUUGCGGGAAAACAAGAACAAGUUCCGUGCCCCUAUUCAUGAACCACCUUUAAUAUCGUUGAGCGUAAAAGACACCAAAAUGGCGAAAUACGUCGAAAACAGUAUUGGUUUUAAUGAUAUGAAAGCCUUUUACUGUGAAAACAAGGAUGACAUGAAUGAUUUGAUGAAAAUACUUCGAGAAGAUCGCCACUUGCCAGUCAAUGUGGUUCACUCCCCAAGAAAUGACAAUGAACCUUUGACCUCCGAGUUUCAACCAAGGAUGGCUAUAUCCGAUUUAAAGGACUUGGGGUUUCAUUCAUUUUUGCGUGAAUUGUUUGUUGGACCUGAGCCCGUUGUUCGGUAUCUGUGCAAAAUGUACAAAGUUCAUAACAUUCCAGUUGGUGAUCAAAGAGCUUACGAAAACUUCGGUGUCAUUAGAAACCAAUACGGUUCUCUCUUCCCUACAUUUUUUGGAGGUAAUCAACAAAUUGUAGUAAGAGGCUCUAGGUAUAGCAGAAAUGCGAUUACCCAAAUGUCCGAAAUUCGGCCGUCGAGAUUUCUUGAUCAAACUGUUGACACUUGUGUGUUGGAACAAUAUUAUGCAAAAAUUGCACAAUUGGAACAAAGACUAGCACAAAAUAAGGCAGAUGAAGUCAAAAUCAGCCAAGAUGAAAUUGGGGUUAAUAAAGCUCGCGAAGACCUUGUAAAGCAAAAAAGAAGUAUCCAAGGGAUCCAGGCCAAUCGACGUGUCGUGGUGUCACGACUCGAAAGAGUACGUGCGCAACUAAUGCGCUCCGAAAAAGAAGCUGUCGACCUUGUUGGAGAGGAGCGAAAUGUCAAAGAAAAGUGUGGGAUCGCGGUUCGUGCCUUGUCUAAAAAGUUGAAAGAGUUUUCCAAGCUCAUGGAUCAGCUUCUAGUGCAAGACAUGGAAAGGGAAGCUCUUCAGAUACACUUGGAUAUCCUUCGCGUUGAAAUUCAUGCUGCCAAAAACCAACUGGCAGAAGAAAAGGAGCAGAUUGUAUCAUUAAAGGAUGAAAAAGAUGAAGCAGGUCGAAUGGCAGAAGAGGCAAAAUUGAGAGCUAAAAGAGCUCAAGAAGACGCUUAUCGAUGUUUAAGAAUCCGAGUGAAGGAAGAACUUACUGCAGAAGUGCGCGCCAUGUUUGAGCUUCUACCAAACACUAUACCAGAGAUCGAUGAGGCCAUCGGCAGUGCAACUGCACGAAUUCAGUUAAUGGGCAGAGCCGAUGAACAGAUUGUACGCGACUAUGCAGCACGAGAAAUCCUUAUCGAACAGCUCACAAAGAAAAUUAAUAACAUUAACAGUCGAGCGACGUCCAUGAAAGACAAAAUAGACAAAUUAAAAGAAAAGUUCCUACCCCCUUUGCUUCAGUUGAUUUCUCAUAUCAACCACAGUUUUGGACGCUUUUACGCAAGCAUGAAUUGUGUUGGAGAGGUGUGCUUGCAUACCGGAGAAGGAGAAAAUGACGAUGAUUUCAGGAACUAUGGGAUCAAAAUUCGGGUUAAGUAUCGUAGCUCAGAACCACUGCUUGAUCUUUCAGGAACCCACCAUUCCGGAGGCGAGAGAGCAGUUGCCACUGCCCUAUAUAUGUUAGCUAUGCAAGAAUUAACUCAAGUGCCUUUCAGAUGUGUUGACGAAAUUAACCAGGGUAUGGAUCCGAUCAAUGAGCGUCGUGUUUUUGAUUUACUUGUCGAAACGGCAUGCAGGGAAACAAGCGCCCAGUAUUUCCUUCUUACUCCUAAAUUGCUUCCUGGUCUUGAUUACAGUCCCAACAUGAAGAUUCAUUUUGUGCAAAAUGGCGAGUAUGUGUGCGAUGGAUGGAACAUCGACAAGCACUUGCAAACAAUUCGAGCCAUGAACAUCCAAAAUUAAUUUUUUUUUUUUGUUUUACAAUUUUUUUUUACAUUGACUGCGAUUCCCAAUUCCUCGUUUGAUUCAGAAAUAUAUAUGUUGAUUCAUAAACUUAUGAAUCAAUAAU